AAUAAUGCUUACAAUCAUAACUAGGCCAUUACAAUAUGUUGAUUUUGCAGUGUAAUAAUAAUAUGUAUAUGUUUAUUGUGGGACACUUAGCCUGUUAGCUCAUCACCUCAGUGCAGAGUGAAAUGUUACCACAGUGAUCAGAUAAUGAUGGAUGAGAAACAUAAAGAGUGUAAAAUGCAGGGAUUUGAUUCAGAAACUCAGCAGAUGAUUCAAGCAGCACUGCUAAACCCCAGUACAGCAGACUUGGCCAAGCUGUCUAAUGCCAUAGUGGACCUGGCGCUGAGGGACUCGUCCUUAUGCAGAGAUGCAGGACGUAUCUGUUACGCUUUAGCGCAGAAGGAGGUGAAGCAGAGCGGUACAAGUGUAUUCAGGGGGAACUUGUUAACUCGACUACAGCAGGAGUUUAUGAGGAGGGAGCAGACAAGGCAGCGCUCUGUACAGGACUGGGUUCGUGUCGUCUCACUCCUCUGUAACAUCUUCGACUGUCUGAAGGUAAAUAACUCUCCAAUGUUAGCGUUGGUGGAGCCGCUUUAUGAUUGUUUAUUCAGACUUGCUCAGCCGGAUUCGCUCGUUAAUGAAGAGGAGGUGGACUGCUUGGCUCUUCAGCUUCACCGUGUGGGGGAUCAGCUGGAGAAGAUGAAUGGCGGUCGGAUGGAUGAACUCUUCUUCCUUUUGCGAGAUGGUUUCCUUCUGCAGGAGGAUCCGAGCUCCAUGGGCCGCUUGCUGCUCCUCGAGCUGCUCGAGUUCCGUGCCGCUGGGUGGAGGCUUAGCAAAAAUGCUCAACACUAUUACUACAGCGAGGUGGUGGAGUGAGAGUUGAGGAUGAGCAGGGUGGAGAACAGUGAUAAAUCCACACCUUCAUUCUUCAGGGUUUAUUCAACUGCCUGAGCCUCCUGUGAUACUUUGAUCAAACCCGGUUUUACGAGGUUACGUUAUAUCAAUGUUAUUUAAGUGUUUAUUACAAGUUGUGUUCUUGUGGCAUCGUUUGCACUUUUUACUCUGUUUCUUGUUUCUUUCUGACACUAUAAAAACUCAAGUGAACUUAAUACUGUGAAUAUAAACAAAUUCUCACCAGCAUUACAGUCAUUUAAAAGUUCUCACUGAAAUCAGUGCAACUGAACUCAGGUGCACUUUUUUAAAAGAAAGUGUGUUUUUGGAUACAGUGUGUCUCUUUGUAUAAAUAAAAUUUUAAAAAUGUUAUAUAAUAUCCUGCUGAGUGAGGUGUUAUUAAAAGUAUAAAGCAGUAUAUUACAUUAUAAGUGUAUUAAACCAUG